AUGUCUUUCGAGAAGCCCACCUUCGUUCUCGCGCCCGGUGCGUGGCACAAGGCCGCGCCCAGCUACGCUCCCGUCGAGCAGAUCCUGAGCUCCAAGGGCUACCCCGCCGUCGCCGUCGAGUACCCCUCCGUCGGCGCCGAGCCCCCUACCAAGGGCCUGAACGACGACGCCGCCGCCGUCAGGGCCGUUGUCGAGAAGCUCGCCGACGAGGGCAAGGAGGUCGUUCUGGUCGUCCACUCCUACGGCGGUCUGGUCGGCGCCAACGCCGUCGAGGGCCUGGGUUACAAGCAGCGCGCCAAGGAGGGCAAGAAGGGCGGUGUCAUCACCUUCGUCUACCUCAGCGCCUUCGUCGUCCCCGCCGGCAAGUCCAUCAAGGCCAUGCUCGGCGGCCAGUUCCUCCCAUGGAUGAACUUCCAGGGCCAAUACGUCCACGCCCUCACUCCCGAGGAGAUCUUCUACCACGACGUCGAGCCCGAGGCCUGCAAGAAGGCCAUCUCCCUCCUCGAGCACCAGUCCGCCGCCGUCUUCGACGACGAGGUCACCCACGAGCCCUGGCACGAGAUCGACUCCAUGUACUUCUUCUGCACGGAGGACAAGGCCAUCCCCCUCGCCAUCCAGGAGGGCAUGGCCGCCCAGCUCGGCCCCAACGGCUUCACCUACAGCUGCAAGGCCUCCCACUCCCCCUUCCUUUCCGUCCCCAACGAGGUUGCCGAGGGUCUGGAGCACGCCGCCAAGGUCGGCCAGGAGAGAGUCAGGGCAUAG